UGCAUUAUUUCUAUCGUUAGGAGAUAAUAAAAUGAUAAUUUUGUCCUGAAUUACUAUAGACUGCGACCGUUGAGAGAGCGUACUACUGUGGAGAGGAGAGGAGAGGAGAGAGAUGGAGAAAUUCUUUGGGAAUGCGUACAGAGGCGACCCGGGCGUUCCACACACAGACGCAGAUCGAUUCGUGAACAUAUGGAUAGGAUCGUUCGCCUUCUCUGCCCUCACUUUUAUCAAUCCCUACAUGUGGCAACUCGCUAAUCAAUUCAACUGGCAUGACAAAGCAAUGUUAUUUGAGCAGUACCACUGGAAGAAAGCACUGGGGAAGAAGCAACCAUAUAAGUUCAAGUGGAACCAGUACAUGGAUAAAAACACAAGAGACUCGUACUACAUCAACUGGCCUGUGUACUUCCCAUAGAUUGUUGUUUCGAUACUCGUGUUCUAUUUUUUUGAACUUCAAGAACAGCGUGACUAUUGUAUCUAGAACUCGUUCUUUGUGCUUCUAUUUCUGGAUUUUUACCUUUCUAUUAAUCAUCAUCUUCUCUUUUGGUUGUUCCCAUGAUGCCCAAGGCAUGAGAUGAUAUUGAAAUGACAAUGAAUGGAUGAUUUGUGCCCUCUCUUCUUUUAAA